UACCAUGGGCUGGGCCCUCUCCCUUCAAUCACUAAGAAAAUGCCCUACAGCCAGAUUUAUGGAGGCAUUGUGUCAACUGAAGCUUCCUUUCAAGUCGACAGAAAGCUAACGACACACCACCACCCUUUCCCCACUUGAACUGAGCUUUCUGCGCUGGGCAAAUGAGGACAUUGCUGGCCGCUCCUUUCCUGGGGUUUGGCUCCUGCCCUUGUGGCAGGCACUGAAAAUCACAGGCUAUGGGACCUGGAGCCCAGUUCAUCCCAAAGUUCAUCCCAACCUAUUUUAGACCUUUGCACCGUCUCUAGGGUACUCGUAGGGCCCAGCCAGUGCUCUAGCUAAGGCUGAGGGAGAUGCAGAGACUAGGAGAGGAGGGGCAGCCCCAGGCAGAAGAAGUUGGGGCAAAGUCAGUCUGGCAGCCUCUGAUUGUGGCCCACACUCUACUCCCAGGGCCUCACCCAGGCAGCUGCAAUCACCAACCACACCAUCCCUUGGGUUUGACAUGUUGAGCCAGGGCACAUGACCCCCCAAUUAGUCCUGGCAGCAGCCCCUGCCCCGCCUGCUCACAUUGGGGGCACAGGCAGCGGAUAUAAAUGGUACUGGAGGCUGAAGGGCACAGAGCAGACAAGUUUCACGCAGCAUCCUGGUGCAGAACUGGCAGACACCAUGAGGACCCUCUCUCUGCUCACUCUCCUGGCCCUGGCUGCAUUCUGCCUCUCCGGUCCAGCAGAUGCAAAGCCCAGGGGCUCAGAGUCUGACAAAGCCUUCGUGUCCAAGCAGGAGGGCAGUAAGGUAGUGAACAGACUCCGGCGCUACCUGGGCCAUGGACUUGGAGCCCCAGCCCCCUACCCAGAUCCCCUGGAGCCCAAGAGGGAGGUGUGUGAGCUCAACCCCAAUUGUGAUGAACUAGCAGACCACAUCGGCUUCCAGGAUGCCUACAGCCGCUUCUACGGUACCACUGCUUAGGGCAGUCUCAACUUCGGCUACUCCAGGA